GGAUGGAAGGCUGAGUCAACCUUGAGCCGGUGAGAUUUGAACUGCCAAAUUGCAGGCAGACGGCAAUCAGCAGAAGUAGCCUGCAUUCUAACUCUUGCGCCAUCACCUCAUACAUUAAAGAGAAGAACAUAAGGAGCAUUGUCAACGUCCUUAUCUCACCCAUCUUGCCAGCCAUGACUCCCAGGAAUGUGAACUUGAAAGAAAAUAUGCCCGAUAAGAUCUGCUGAAUGAAAGGAGGAAAAAGAAACUUGCGCUCCAAUGGAGAAACGAAAGGCUUGCAGUCGAGAAGGAAAUGUUGCGAGAGAGGGACUGUGAAGACAGAGAGAGACUGACAUCAUAAGACGGAAGUUGAUGCAACGGAAGUGACUGGACCAGAAUGGCAAAUUUUGAGGGCCAUAUUCUCCCAGGGUGUUUCUUUAUAUUAUUUGGCCUCUGGUGGUCAGUGAAAUACCCGCUAAAACAUAUCAGCAGGACACCGAAGAAGAACAGUCACGUACAGCGGAACAUCAAACAUCUGGAGAUCAUCGAAGGGGCUGUCAAAGUUUUCUUUGCAUUAGUAGGGCUUCUUGCUGACCAGUUCGUCCCCAACGGACCCCACCUGUAUCUCUACAGCGGGCAACCACACCAUUGGGUGAAGCUGAUGAACUGGCAACAUUCCACCAUGUAUUUAUUCUUUUUGAUCUCUGGAGCAGUGGAUAUAGUCACCUACUCCUCGACCUUAAUGCCUGCCGGGCUGGACCGCUUCAUGCUGGGCAUUGCACUCUUUGUGGAAGGCUUCCUCUUCAAAUAUCAUAUCAGCCAACGGCCAAUGCUUGAUCAACACAUCCAUUCCAUGCUCCUGAUAGCCAUCUUUGCUGGUGUUGCCACCUGCUUCCUGCAAGUCUUCGUGCAUGACAACAUGAUUCUGGACUUAUUUGCAGUUUGCCUGGCCCUCUUGCAAGGAACCUGGCUUUGGCAGAUAGGUUUUGUGUUGUAUCCACCAUGGGGAGGAUCAGAAUGGGAUCUGAAUGACCACAGCAACUUAAUGUUCAUCACCAUGUGCUUCUGCUGGCAUUUUGCCCUUGCAAUCUUCAUUACGGCAGUGAAUUAUUCCCUGGUCUAUUGCUACCUGCAGAAUUGUAAAAAGAGCCACAGACAAAUUAUGAUUGGACUUGGCAUACGGAAGGAAAAGAAUGCACAUGCUCCCCUCAUAAACGAAUCAGAUGAAGAAUAAGGCAGAUGGAUUGUUCGAUUGCUUUUAUUCAUAUUCGGAAACCUGAAAAUGAAAUAAUCUUAACCAUCCCAAAGAUUAAUCGCACCUGGUAAAAAUCGAAAAGACUUUGUCUAAGUUAAGAAGCCGAAGUAGCUGGACUUCCUUUACGUUUUCAUAUCACAUCUUCUGGCUUGCUUUAUCUAUAAUCCCUAAAAACAGAAUUGAUAAUGCUUCUAAUGGCCUCAUGUUAUCCAACUGUGCUCCUUUUAUGAAGCAAUCUGUUUUGUCAACAGUGAAAGAAACCGAUCGAUUUUGCACUAUUACUGAAAGAAGCCACUAAAUCUAAUUGGGAUUUGCUUAUUGUAAGGUUUUUUUUUAAGCUAGCUCAUCUUCAGUUACAUAGACAGAAUUCCCAGCCUUACGAUGAAUAAGCCUUCUAAUUUUGCACUAUCUGGACAUUUGGUCCCUUAGAUGUUAUUUCAAAUUACUGAACUUUUUUUUUUUGCAUUUUUUUUUAAACAAACAAAACAUAAAACAUCCUUCAUCCAUUACAAUUUCAAGCAAUGUGUCGGUUGGCUACAAAUCCCUUGUGCUUCUUCCCCAUAAUCAUAUUUUACUAAUUAUCUAAUUUCUCAUAUUAUCAAUCUAAUAUAUAUCUUUAUAUCAUUAUUCUCAUUUGUCAUUUAUUUAACAAUGGCAUUAUCAUUCCAAAGAAAAUUAUUUUCUCAUUUUUCCAGUUCUUAGCAAACACAAUUCUAGCCGCUGUCAAUGCAUUCAAAUCAAAUAUCUCAAUUCUCUAUUGUAUGGUUCUGGUAUAAUUCCUAAUAAAAAAUCUCGGGUUUUAUCUCCUUA